AUGGAUAAAGUUCAAAAGUUAAAAGAACUGACCAGUGUCCGAGAUCAGAAAGUGAUUAUUAGAUUUUUGUGGAUAUCUCAAGAAUCUUCUGGAGUAAUUCACUCAAAAUUGGUAAAAAUCUUUGGUGGACAAGCCAUUUCAAAAAAAGCUAUCGAAUCUUGCAUUAAGAGAUUCAACAAAGGUGAUUUGGACAUCGAAGAGCACAGGAGUGGUACAUCGAAAGGUCGUGAUGUCAGAGAAGAACGGUUGACUGUUAUUGAAGAUGCAUUGGCGGAUUCAAGACAUUGGUCAACAAGGAGCUUAGCCGCAAAAGUAUCGAUUCCUCUGACAACUGUAAAAGCUUAUCUGAAUGAUCGCUUAAAAUUGAGGAAAAGGCUCGGAAAAUGGGUCCCCCAUGAUUUGUCCGAAACCAAUAAAGAAAACCGUGUUCUAAGCUGCAGAUUGGCCUUGCAAAUGAUAAGGGAUGAUCCAGAUUGCCUUAAGAAAACGGUAACAAUAGACGAGACGUGGGUCUCACUUUAUAUGGCUCCAGAUCGGAAUCAACAGCGGCAAUGGGUAUAUCCGGGAGAAGAACCUGAACCAGUCACCAAAGAAAACAUCCAUGGCAACAAGAGGAUGCUCAUUAUGGGUGUGGACUGGAACGGCAUUGCUUUUUGGGAGCUGUUACCGGAGAAAACGACCGUAACAGCUGAUGUUUAUAAGUCAUUUCUUGUUGACAAAUUACCAGUUUGGAUCAAUGAAAAUAAACAUCAGAGGCCUUAUCUGUUACACGAUAACGCCAGACCUCACAAGGCUGCCCCCGUUGUGCAACUUUUGGAACGCAAGGGUAUCACCAUUUGGCCUCACCCUGCAUAUUCUCCGGACAUAUCACCGCUAGACUUCAACUGUUUCGGCCAACUUAAACGUCACCUUAGGGGCAUCAAACAUGCCAAUUGGACCGAGUUUGAAACUGCAUUAGUUGAGGCUGUAGAGGACUUAAAUAGUAAAAACCUUAUACAGGGUGUUCGGAUGCUUCCAGAAAGAUGGAAACGUGUAAUUGAAUGUAAUGGAGAUUACAUAUAA